UCUUUCCCCUCCCUUCUCCCCACCACUUUCCCCACACUUUGAGUCCCGUUCCUCCAGUUCGCCCCCUCUGUAAGUCUUACUUAAGGCUGCAUUGUCCCGGGGCGAGCAGGGUUUCCCCCGCUGAUUAUAGUGACUUCUCCCUUUCUCUCUCUCUUCCUCCCUCUUACUUUUUUUUUCCUUUCAACCCCCCUCCCAACUUUGAAACUCCAUCCAUCCACGCCCCCUUUUGUUGUUUUGUCUUUGUAAAGAUUCCAGCUUACUCUCUGGACACCUGGGCUGGGGGCUUCCAGGUGCUGCUGGGUUUGCUCCUGGGUUUCCAGAGCAGGUGAGCCCCAAGGCGGGAGGUGGGGAUUCUCUGGGGCUCUUAGAGCCCCUGCCUCACUCCCUGUGGUCCCGAGAAGGAUGCUGGGCAGCUGUCUGCGCCUGUCCCCCGCCAGGGAAGAGAUGCUCCAGUAGAAGUUAGACAUCCCUUCUUCUUAAGCAAGAAUCUCCCGUCCUUUAGACCAAGAGAAAAAUGACUCACCUCAGAGGAUACCACUUGAUCUACCUCCUGAUACUUCUGGCACAUUGGAUUGGAGAUGGCUCCCAGGCACAGAGAGCAGGGUGCAAAAAUGUUCACUAUGAUCUAGUCUUUAUCUUGGACACUUCCUCCAGUGUGGGCAAAGAUGACUUUGAGAAAGUUCGACAGUGGGUGGCCAACCUGGUGGAGACCUUUGAAAUUGGACCAGACAGGACUCGGGUAGGUGUGGUUCGCUACAGUGACCGGACCACCACCGAGUUUGAUCUCGGGAAGUAUUGGACUCGAGAGGAAGUCAAAGCAGCUGCCCGGAACAUUAAUUAUCAUGGAGGCAAUACCAAUACUGGUGAUGCCCUCCGCUAUAUAACCACAUACAGCUUUUCCAAAGAGGCUGGUGGCAGGCCAAGUGACAGAGCCAUCAAGAAGGUUGCUAUCCUCUUGACAGAUGGGAGAAGUCAGGAUAUUGUUCUGGAUGCCGCCAGAGCUGCCCACAAAGCCGGGAUCAGGGUCUUCGCUGUUGGUGUUGGAGAAGCCUUGAAGGAAGAGCUCGAUGAAAUUGCUUCUGAGCCUAAGUCAGCCCAUGUGUUCCAUGUCUCAGAUUUCAAUGCCAUUGACAAGAUCCGGGGGAAGUUGAGGCGCCGUCUUUGUGAAAAUGUGUUGUGUCCCAGUGUGCGUGUAGAAGGAGAUCGUUUUAAGCACACCAAUGGAGGAACCAAUGAAAUCACAGGUUUUGACCUGAUGGAUUUAUUCAGUGUGAAGGACAUCUUGGGGAAGAAAGAAGGUGGUGCUCAGAGUUCCUAUGUUCGAAUGGGAUCAUUCCCGGUGGUGCAAAGGACUGAGGAUGUAUUUCCACAAGGUUUACCUGAUGAGUAUGCCUUUGUCACUACCUUCCGGUUCAGGAAAACUUCACGAAGAGAAGAUUGGUAUAUCUGGCAAGUCAUCGACAAAUAUGGAAUUCCACAGGUUUCCAUCCGGCUAGAUGGAGAGAACAAAGCUGUGGAGUAUAAUGCUGUGGGGGUGAUGAAGGAUGCCGUCCGGGUGGUCUUCCGGGGUGUGCCAGUCAGUGACUUGUUUGACCGAAACUGGCAUAAGAUCGCUCUCAGUAUUCAGGCCAAGAAUGUGUCCCUCUAUAUUGACUGCAAGCUUGUUCAGACACUGCCCAUUGAAGAGAGAGAAAACAUCGACAUCCAGGGAAAGACAGUGAUUGGGAAGCGCCUCUAUGACAGCGUGCCCAUUGAUUUUGAUCUGCAGCGGAUAGUGAUUUAUUGUGACUCUCGGCAUGCUGAGUUGGAAACUUGCUGUGACAUCCCUUCAGGACCGUGCCAGGUGACUGUUAUCACAGAAGCCCCUCUACCGGAGACCCCACCCACCAUCGGCAGUGAGCAGAUUGGCUUCCUGAAGACCAUCAACUGUUCCUGCCCUGCUGGGGAAAAGGGUGAAAGGGGCAUUGAGGGACCUCAAGGUCUCAAGGGAGAAAUUGGAGUUCCAGGAUAUAGUGGACUCCCUGGGCCCAAAGGAGAAAAAGGUGAUUCGGGCCAGGGAACAUUUUUCAAAGGAGAAAAAGGUGAAAAGGGGGAAGAUGGACCUCCAGGGAUUCCUGGACUCAAGGGAGAUAAAGGCUCCAUAGGUUUAUCUGGUCCUCCAGGUAGAGAAGGAGCCAAAGGCAUCCGGGGGGAACCAGGGGAAAUAGGGGAACCUGGAUUACCUGGCGAGGUGGGUCUGAAGGGACCAAUGGGACCUCCAGGACAACCAGGGCUUCCUGGACAGAUUGGGAUUCCAGGUCUCCAAGGAGAGAGAGGAGAAAGAGGGCCUCGAGGAGAUAAGGGAGAGCGAGGUCUGGAUGGAUUCCCUGGAAAGCCUGGAGAAGAAGGGAAGAAGGGCAGUCCCGGUGCUCCAGGUAUGGCUGGUAUCCAAGGAGAAAAGGGUGAAGUUGGACCAUCUGGGCCACCUGGAAUACCAGGCUCUGUGGUGCAGAAGGAGGGCUUGAAAGGAGAACAAGGAGCUCCAGGACCUCGUGGUCAUCAGGGUCUACCUGGUCCUCCAGGAUCACCAGGUCCAAUGGGUCCUGAAGGUAAAGAGGGACUUCCUGGUUCUCAAGGACAGCGGGGAAAGAAAGGUGAAGCUGGACUACCUGGAGUCAAUGGUUUACCAGGACCUCCUGGCUCUCAAGGAUCUCCUGGUGUCCGAGGACCACCUGGGCCAGCUGGACCCCCAGGCCUUCCUGGAGAGAUUGGCUUCUCUGGAAAACCUGGCCAGCCUGGCCAACCUGGCUCACCUGGGAAAGAUGGGACAAAUGGACUUCCUGGACUUCAAGGACCCAAGGGAGAGACAGGAGAGCGAGGAGAAGGUGGCCUGCCAGGGAAUCCUGGACCGAGGGGUGAAGCUGGGGAGCAAGGUCUAGUGGGCAUUCCUGGUGAGAAGGGAGAAAUGGGACUUCCAGGAUCUCCAGGGUUCCAAGGCCUAAGAGGAGAGAAAGGGGAUGAGGGUAAAAAAGGUGGCCUGGGACUCCCUGGACUGAAAGGUGACAGAGGAGAAAAGGGUGAAGCUGGUCCUGCUGGCCCUCCUGGUCCCCCUGGCUUCCCUGGAACAACAUCUUUGUUCACUCCACAUCCCCACAUCCCGGGAGAAGCUGGGCAGAAAGGAGAGAAAGGAGAUCCAGGCAUUGGUGGGGAACCUGGGCCACGUGGUUUUCAAGGUGAAGUGGGACCAAGAGGACCUCCAGGACCUCCAGGUGCUCAAGGCCCAGAAGGAGCCCGAGGGGGACCUGGAGCGGCUGGAAACACUGGUGUUCCUGGACCAAUAGGCCCCCCUGGUGCCCGUGGUCUCCCUGGAAAUGUGGGCAUACCUGGAGUCAUGGGCCCACCAGGGAAAAUUGGAGAGAGAGGAGAAAAGGGAGAACCUGGUGAAGAAGGAAAGACAGGACCACUUGGUCCAAGAGGUGACCCUGGCCCUCCUGGAGAACCUGGGCCACCUGGAAAAGGGAAGGAAGGAGAGUCAGGUCGUCCUGGUGCACCUGGGUUACCAGGACCUCAGGGACACAAGGGGGACCGAGGUGCUCCAGGCUUGCCUGGCCAGCCUGGAAAUAGAGGAGGCCCAGGAAUUGGAGUAGCAGGCCCUCCUGGCUCCACUGGACCACCAGGAGAAAAAGGACCACCGGGAUCUCGUGGGUUACCAGGAUUCCCAGGUCCACAAGGUCCAGCUGGACAAGAUGGUCUACCCGGAAAUCCAGGAGAAAGAGGACCCCAGGGAAAACCAGGUCCUUCUCCUCUUCUGUCUCCAGAGGAUCUAAACCUCUUAGUGAAGGAUGUGUGCAAUGAUUGCCCUCCUGGUCCUCCAGGACUUCCUGGACUUCCAGGUUUGAAGGGUGAUAAGGGCUUACAAGGAAAACCAGGAAGAGAUGGUGCAGAUGGGAAAAAGGGAGAUGCUGGGCUCAAAGGCCUCCCAGGAUCUCCUGGAAUAAUUGGACCAAAGGGCAAUAAAGGAGAGCCAGGAGCAGAUGGUGAGAUUGGACAAAAAGGUGAACAGGGUCAUCCUGGAGUUCCUGGUUUCAUGGGACCAGCUGGGGAUCCAGGACCACCAGGAGCAGUUGGUGCCUCGGGACCUGCUGGCCCACCAGGAAGCCCAGGAAUGACGGGUAAAGAUGGUCCUCCUGGUCCCCAAGGCCCUCCUGGAUUACCUGGAAUUCCUGGUGAAGAAGGGAAGGAAGGCAAAGAUGGAAAGCCAGGAGCCCCAGGUGAACCAGGUCCUUCAGGAGAACCAGGCCUUCCAGGACAAGAUGGCGCCAGGGGACCACCUGGAUUCAAGGGACACACAGGAGACUCUGGUCCGCCUGGCCCUAGGGGAGAGGCAGGAGCACCAGGCCCUGAAGGCAGGGAAGGGUCACCAGGGAAAGAUGGUGACACUGGACCCACAGGGCCACCAGGUCUUCGGGGACUUAGAGGAGCACCAGGUAAAAAUGGAUCUCCCGGCUCUCCUGGAGACCCUGGCCAACCAGGUAACCCAGGGCAGAAAGGAAACAAAGGAGAUAAUGGCAGCCCAGGACUUCCAGGAUUCCAGGGACCUCGGGGACCUCCAGGAGAACAAGGAGAAAAAGGAAUCCCAGGAAAAGAGGGCGCCCCAGGGAAACCAGGAGAACAAGGCACAAAAGGAGAAAGGGGAGAUCCAGGAGUCAAAGGGGACAAGGGAACCCAAGGACAGAAGGGCCAGCCUGGUGAACCAGGAUUACCAGGUCAUAAAGGCCACACAGGAUUGAUGGGCCCUCAUGGACCUCCAGGAGAAAGUGGACCUGCUGGGCCUCCAGGACCACCAGGACAGCCAGGAUUUCCUGGAGCAAGGGGAGAUUCACCAUCAGUGGACACUCUUCGAAGGCUUAUCCAAGAAGAAUUAGGAAAGCAACUUGAAACCAAACUAGCCUACCUCCUGGCUCAGAUGCCACCAGCACAUGUCAGAGCAACUCAGGGCCGGCCAGGGCCCCCUGGACCUCCUGGCAAAGAUGGCCUUCCUGGCCGAGUGGGUCCUAUGGGGGAGCCAGGCCGGCCUGGACAAGUAGGCUUAGAAGGACCAUCGGGUCCCAUGGGGCCCAAAGGUGAACGAGGUCCAAAGGGUGAUCAAGGGCAGCCUGGAGUUGGCCAACGAGGAGAAAUAGGACCUCCUGGAAUACCAGGUCAGCCUGGGGAGCCUGGCUAUGGGAAAGAUGGCAUUCCUGGGAUCCCUGGUCCUCAGGGAGAAGCAGGACAAGCUGGCCUCCCUGGCCCUCCAGGCCCCCCUGGGCCCAGUGGACAGUGUGACCCCUCUCAGUGUGCUUACUUUGCGAGUCUCGCAGCCCGGCCUGGUAAUGUGAAGGGACCCUAGAGGGUACCUAGAAGGCCAAGGAGACUUGAGAAGGAUUUUCUGAAACUUGAACUUUGAACUAAAAAAAGGAAAACCAGGAGUUCACAGACCCCUGGGCCAUGAUGUCACUUUCUAUUUGUCAUAUGAGGUUUUCUAAAUGAUUAAAACCAACAGAUGCUGCCGGUCGGUCAGAUUAUUAUUAUUAUUAUUGUCAUUAUUAAUAUUAUCUUGAAUUAUUAUGAUGAUUAUUUCAUAACCUUUAUGUAAGAUGGGAGGGUUUUACUUUCUCGUCUCUAAUGUCAGAGCACAUGGUAUCUUUUUCCCCCCUAAUUUAUGUCUUUGUUUUUUCUGGUGCCUGCCUGCCAUUUUUAAGAAAAUGUUUUCUUGAUUCUUUCAACCCCAGAGGGGAGAAUUAAGAAUAACAGGAGAAAGUUGUAGAGAAGUAGAUUGAAGUCUAAUGUCAAGAAAAAUUUCCUAAUAGGCCUAACCCUAAGAGAAAUGGGUUAUUUUGGGAGGUAAUGGAUUUCUAUCAUUAAAAAAUUUCAAACUGAGGCUGGAUGGCCAUGUCUCUAGGACAGGCUAUGGAAAAGGCACUGUAUUUAGAGUCGGUUUGGGUUCAAAUCUCUGCUCUAUUAGCAGCUUACUACCCAUGUGACUUGACUUGUCUAUAAAAUGAAAGAGUAUGACUAAAUAAUCUCUCAAAUGCCUUCCAGCUUUAAAUCUCAUUAUAGAAGGGACUAGUUGACCUCUCAGGUUUCUGGUUCUCUUCUUGGUGCUAAGUAUUUGGGGGUUUCCCCAUAUAUGUCAGCACCAUCCAAAGGGGAUAGUUAAAAGGAAGUUGUCUAGUCAUUCAUAGACCCUUAAUAGCAAACUUUAAGAAAACUACCACUGAUGAAAGACCUAGAUGCAGAAGCAAGAGGAAGAGGAAGAAGAGAUAUUUUGCUAGGAAAAGAAAUGGACACACUGAUGGAAAUUUUUCUCCUUUUCUAAUGGACUUCUGGCAUUCAGAGAAUGAAAUAAAUCUCCAGGACACAGAAA